AUGGACGCGCCCUCCGAAGAGGUGACGGUCGGGUCCGCGGUCAAGGCCCGCUUCGGCGCGACCGAGCACGGGGCCGUCGGCACACGCUGGUUCGACGGAGUCGUGACGCGCGACAACGGUGACGGCAGUUUUGCGAUCGAGUACGCCGACGGAGACGUUGAGGAGCGGGUGGAGCGCAAGUACAUCAAGCCCUCGUGCGGUGGUGCCGACUCGUCCGCCGCUGCCGCCGCGGAGGCGGAUCAGCCUGCGCGCCCAAAGUCAAGCUCCUCUCAGGGAUCCGCCACCGGCGACUCGUCCGACGGCGCGGCGGCAGGGCAGGAGGGGCGGGGCCGGCGGAUGCUCAAGCCCACGACGGUGAUGGUGGGCGGGUUCGCCGUCAAGCGCCAGAACAUGUACGACAUGGAGGAGGGCGAGGGGUCCGUGUGGGACCGCGAGCUGGGCGAGGGAGCCUCCGACCCCGCCCUGUUUGGCUGCAAGCUGCCAAAGCAGGGCGGCGCGGAGGCGGUGCCGCUGGACGAGUCGCUCGGCCAGCCGAGCCAGGUCGGGCCGAUGGGGCUGGGCAAGACGCUGCAGACGAUCGCCUUCCUCGCGCACCUCAAGUUCGACCUCGGCGUGGGCGGGCCCCACCUCGUCGUCGCGCCCCUCUCGGUGCUCUCCUCCUGGAUGACCGAGCUCAAGCGCUUCUGCCCCGGCCUCGCGUCGGUCAAGCUGCACUCGUCCGACCCCGAGGAGCGGAAGCGGCUGAUGGCGACCAUCUCGGCCAACCCCGAGGCGUACGACGUCGUCGUCACCACCUUCGAGAUGGCGAAGAGCCCGAACGUGCACACGCAGCUCGCGAGCCGCGCCUGGUGGCGCUACCUGAUCGUCGACGAGGGGCACGCUCUCAAGAACGACGCCUCGCAGGUCUCGCAGGCGCUCCGCUCCUUCCACGCGGCGCACAAGCUGCUGCUCACCGGCACGCCCCUCCAAAACAACCUGCACGAGCUCUGGGCGCUGCUCCACUUCCUGUACGAGCAAGAGUUCCCCACGUCGACCGCCUUUGACUCUGCCUUCAACCUCAACGGCAAGGUGGGGAGCGUCGACAACGAGCGGCUCGCGGCGGCGUCGCGGCUGCUGCAGCCGCUCAUGCUGCGCCGCACCAAGGGCGAGGCGCUGCUGCGCGACCUCGAGUCGGAGCACGCGGAGCACGCCGCCGGCACGGGCACCGACUGGAAGAAGCUCUCCAGCCUACUGAUGCAGCUGCGCAAGUGCUGCAACCACCCUUUCCUCUUCCCGAACGUCGAGCCGUCUGGCGACGAGGCCUACUCCACGCAGCUGGUCGACGGGUCGGGCAAGUUCCAGAUCCUGCAGCGGCUGCUCGCCAAGCUCUUCGCCGCCGGCCACCGCGUCGUCCUCUUCUCGCAGUUCACCUCGACGCUCGACCUGCUCGAGGACUUUCUGACGCACGAGGGCUACAAGUACGGCCGGCUCGACGGCUCGACCAACCGCGUGCAGCGGACCGUGGACAUCAACGCCUUCAACAUGCCCGGCUCGUCGCGCUUCGUCUUCCUCAUGUCGACCCGCGCGGGCGGCCUCGGCAUCAACUGCCAGACCGCCGACACGUGCAUCCUCUUCGACAGCGACUGGAACCCGCAGGUCGACCUGCAGGCGAUGGCGCGCGUGCACCGCAUCGGCCAGACAAAGACGGUCCACCUCUACCGGCUCGUCUCGCCGGGCACCGUCGAGGAGCGGAUCGUGCAGCGGGCCGAGAAGAAGCUCUACCUCGACCAGAUGGUCAACCGCGGCUCCUCGUCGCAGGCCGAGGCGAUGGAGCAGGUCUCGACCUCGGAGAUGCUCUCGAUGCUCAAGUUCGGCGCGCAGUGCUGCUUCGCGUCCUCCGAGCCGCCCACCGACGACCAGCUGGACGCGAUCAUCGACCGCUCGCGCAAGGAGGGGGACCGCCUCGGCGGCGCCAUGACGGGCGUGCAGCGGUCGGCCGACUCGUUCGACGCUUCUGCGAGCGAGCUCAACCUGCGCCAGCUGGGCGGGGUCACGUACGGGCAGGGGUCGGAGCACGCGGGGCCGGCGGCGGUGCGCGACCUCGAGGCCGUCCUCGGCUCGGCGAACGGCGGCUCGGGCGACAUCAACGCCGAGUGGGAGGCGCUGCAGGCGGGCAAGAAGCGCGAGAAGAAGGGGCGGUUCGAGACGCAGUGGGUCAAGGGGGUGGGCGAGGUCGCGGGGCGCGAUUUCCUGCACGAGGAGCGCUGCCUCGUCUGCUGGAAGGGGCCCCUGGGCGGCGGCAAGCGGGCAAAGGUGUGCAAGGAGGCAAAGGGCGGCAAGGAGGCGAGCUCCUCGAAGGACGCGGGCGGCGGCUCGCAGCGCAAGCUCGGCCUCCACGGCGAGCUCCGCGGGUGCGACUUGUGCCCCGCCGCCUUCCACCUGCGCUGCAUAGGCAUGGCGGAGGAGGACGCGACGGCGUGGGGCAUCUGGGCUUGCCCGCACCACUCGUGCUCCACGUGUGGGCGCAAGGCGGCCGCGGCGGGCGGCCUCCUCUUCCGCUGCGCCGUCUGCCCGCAGGCCUUCUGCGAGGACCACCUGCCGGCCGAGGCGCUCAUCAUGGGCGAGAACGAGCGCUUCCAGGCCCUCGGCGCGGCGCACCCGAAGCAGGGCUGCUAUCUCCUGUGCAAGACGGCGUGCGUGAAAAAGUCGGACAAGCUCGGCUUUGGCUGCGGCGAGGCGUCGGCCUCGGCGGCCGCGAUUCUUGGCGCGACGGGCGUCGACACCACCUCCUCCAGCGGCGGCAAGCGCAAGGCGGCGGCGCAGCCAGCCUACAAGCGCGACGAGCGGACGGCGUGGGAGAAGCUGCAGCCCGGCGCCACGAAGGCGCUCGCCUACCUGCUGCGCCAGCCCGCCGCCAAGCUGGGCGCCACGGCGACGGCCGGCUUCCGGGCGCGCGCGCAGGACGCAAACAACCUGACCACGGUGGAGCUGCUGCACGACCUCCUCUUCGACUCGGAGCUCACGGCGGGCGCCAAGAGCAAGGCGGACCGCCUCGCCGGCCUCGCGCCCCUCGUCGAGCGGCUCGCCUCGUGGGGCGGCGCGGACCGCGAGAAGGGGCAGGCGGAGGCGCGCGACGAGGCGGCGGAGACCUACAUGCGCCUCGUCACCACGCUCGAGGGGCUGCGCACCUACCAGCUCCAGGCUCUCGCGGCGCUGAUCGGAGCGCAGCGCCUCUCCUCCCAAAAGGGGGGCGAGGGGGCCCUGCCCUCCCUCCGCCUCACGCCGGUGGGCGUGGGGCUGCAGCCGAAGUUCCUCGCCUCGGUCAUGGCCCUCUUCCUCUCCACGCCGCACGAGUACGCCCUCAUCCUCGACCAGCGCGCCGGCGCGUCGGACAAGUCGUCCACGGAGCUGCGCGCCUCGGGCGACCCGGGCUUCCUCGUCAACACCAUCGGCUCGGCGCCCCUCUACUCGCGCGGCAAGAAGAUGGUUGUCCGCGGGGGGCAGCUCGUCCAGCCCAAGCCCCCGCCGCUCCCGUCGCAGCCGCAGUACCGGCCCAUCGUGCAGCCCAAGCCGCCGGCCGCGUCGAGCUCCUCCGCCGCCGACCAGGUGGAGCGGAUGGCCGUCGGCCUCCCUCCCGGCUGGAGCGUCAAAGUCUCCAAGUCGACGGGCAAGGCGUACUACGUCUCGCCGUCGAAUCAGGCGACUGUAUUUGAGGGGACGCUAUACUAA